AUGGCUGUUGCUGGUUCUUCACGACGAGUCUUGCGGAGACAGCCGUCAUCUGACGGUAUAGAAGAGGAUAUGAGCCAACGUGUGGACGAGGACGUGGUAGACGAGGACGCAGCCCCAGACAAAGAUAGAAACGAAAAGCAGCCGCGUCGCACAUCCAGGUCUGUGAAGAAGGAAGGAAAGAAAAAGGCUGAAGGACAUGAGGAUGCUGGGGCAGAUGACUCGAUCGAGAUUAUGGAGAACCAGCCUCUCGAUAAGGCAGCAGCACAGAAGCUUAAUGGGCUGGCAAGUGACUGGGACAUGAUGAGACGCAAGAAUCAUGCGCCAUACUAUGGUCUUGUGCGAGAUGUCGCCACUGUUUUUGCAGAGUUCGCAGAGGGCGAGAAGAGCAAACAGGUCCUUGGAGAGCUAGAUGCUGUUGUGCGAGAACUGCUUGAUACGGAGAAUGAGCUACUCGCUCAUGACAAGGUUCUGAAAGAUCUAAAUCAGCGAGUCACGCAACAAGAGCAGAUCACAAACGUUGUAGAGCGCUAUAAAGGCGAGGCAGCACGCGAAUUAAAAGAAUAUAACCAAAAGACUUCGCGUCAGAAGUAUGUAAAAGUGGAAGAGUACGUGAACUUCAGACAGGCCAUUUUUGAGGUACAAUAUCCAGAAACCGCAAUGCCUCCUGUGUCAGACUUUUUGCCCAAAGAGGAUGGUGAUGCUAGCGAUGACGACGACGACGUGCAAGUGGGCGGAGUCACUCAAGAUUAUAAAUGCCCAUUAACACUUACAAUCUUGGUGAACCCUCUUACCUCAAAGCUGUGCGGUCACUCGUUCUCUGCGGAUGCGAUUCGAGAAUAUCUAGGCCCCAGUCACACAGUCCGAAAGGAUUGUCCAGCAUCAGGCUGUAAGAAGGGUAUUUGUCUUACUGACCUGGAGCCAAACAAAGAACUGGCCAAGAAGGCAAAGGACGCUGCCCGACGAGAACGAAUGAGAGAAGACGACAGCGAGGUUGAAGAAGAUGUGGUGGAGUGA